AGGUGUAGCUACAUAAAAGGAGAUCCCCUGAAGUCUGUCUGUGUAACUGACAAAGCUCCGAGGCACGUCGCCCAUUAUGUACACAUCCCUGCGUCUUCUCUGUCUUCUUCUCCAGCUGCUUCUCCAUCACACAGGAGCAUCUGACAGCGGUAUCAUAGGAGGCCAGAGAGCUAAGCCGCACUCCCGCCCUUACAUGGCCUCUCUCCAGAUUGACGGAUCACAUUUGUGUGGAGGCUUUCUCAUUCGCAAGGACUUCAUCUUGACUUCAGCACACUGCUCUCACCGAUGCAAAGAAAUCAAAGUUGUGCUGGGAGCCCACAACAUUCGGAGGAAAGAAGCAUUAAUACAGAAGAUACCAGUAAAAAAAUGCUACAAGCACAAUCUCUAUAAAAUUGCCAUAUAUGACUAUGACAUAAUGCUUAUAAAGCUACAGCACAAUGCUGCUCUCAAUAAGAAUGUAAAGGUGAUAGAGCUGCCAAAAUACAAGGAAACUGUCCCAGAUGAAACCCAGUGCACCAUGUCUGGAUGGGGGAAGACGACACCCCAGGGGCAGUUUGAGAGCGUCCUACAAGAGGUCUCUCUCAAGAUCCAGAGUAACAAAGAAUGCAGGACGGCCUGGCACAAUGUCUUUUCUCCACAGAGAACUCUGUGCACUCACUUUAAUGGAAAAAAGGGAAUUUGCCAGGGGGAUUCAGGGGGACCCCUUGUCUGCAAAAACAAAGCACAUGGAAUAGCUGCUUUUACUGGAAAUCCAUGUAAUAUGAAUUACCCCAAUGUUUUCAUGAAGGUGUCCUUCUUCAUUCCUUGGAUAAAAGACACAAUGCAAGAAUAAAUGGUCUGCAGGAGAAACAGAAAAAAUUGAAGGUUCAGAUAUUGCUGUAAACUGAAUCGUUAUACUGAUAAAAAUGCUCCACAGCUGUCUCACAUGCUCAUGCGAUGUGUUUAGGCUGCCAUCAGGUUCAGAACUAUUCCACAUUUAUUCUGCAUGUAAGUACAAUACCUAAGCAUCCAGUACAAAUGGCACAUAUGGGGGAGAUUACGUGGGUUGAUUUACACCAUGAAGUCUGCUGGAUUCAUUCCCGAAAAGUACCCAGUCGUUUUACUUUUGAGGAAGGCGGUUAACCUGAACUUACUCUGCCAUAGCUGAUUUUUGCAAUGCAUGCUCCUUUUGAGCCCUCUGUGUAAUGGUAUACUUACGCUUCUUUAGUGCUGACUCCUGUUUGAUGUUGGCCUUGAAACUGAUCGCUUGCAC